CUCAAUCAUAGUCAAUGAACUCGACUCAAAAGCAACCAAUAAUAAAUCUAAUCAGUUUUAUUUAUAUCCAACCUCCCAAAGUCUUUCCAUUAUCGAAUCUCUUCCUGGGAAACCCAAUCCCAGUUUCUCCCCCAUCUCAAACCUAAAUUGAUCUUACGAAACGCCAUGAUUUAUGUGGAUGGAGUUCCAUUUGCUCCUGCCAACUCUUCCCAGGUCACAGACAUUUUGAUGGCAUUGAUGGAGCAUCCAGUCCUGGUGACUGCCUCAAACGAGUUUAAAUCAAUGACAGAGAAGAAGUUGUCGUAUUCUGAUUCGAAAAAUAGUAGAUGGGUUUAUCUCUUUCAAAGGGAGUUUGCAACAGUUGACCCAAAGUUAGUGGAUCUUGCUGGUACUGACGAGGCAACUACUUGUGUUUGCAUUGCCAUAAGAAACCGCAAAAGUGGAAUGAUAUCUGUCGGUCAUAUGGAUUUUCCAGGAAUUGUUGAUAUGGGCCUUAGUCAGAUGCUAUCUUUGGUUGCCGAUCAAGAUUGUGAUAAUCUAUUGGAAGUACAUCUGAUGGGUGGGUUUGAUGAUCGCUUGUCUCUGAAACCAUAUCCUGCCAUGAAAACUAAAACCAAAAUGGAAGGCUAUUCGCGGCCAUUGUGUGUGAAGAUCAUCGAGACCCUGCGAAAAAGGAGUGAGAAGUUUCAGAUCCAAAUUCUCCAUGUUCUUGGUCGUAACACCAAAUGGGAUUCUGAAGGGAUUGCAAAACCCAUUUUCCAUGGAAUUGUGGUUGAAACAGCCACUGGCUCAAUUUUCCCUGCCAGCUUUGAUCGAACUUCAAGAUGCCCUGAUGAAAUUGUGAGGAGAAUUCGACUUGCUUCAUGUUUUGAGGAUCCCAGUUGGGCUGGAAAACUGCUUGAUACAUAUGACACUACAAAGGAUUGUUUUGUCAUUUCUCCAUGUGCUUGGACCAUAUGGCAAAAAGAAACGGCACAGUCCCUCAAAAAUCUUUCUGAUAUAGAAAUUCUACUCACAAGAUCGUCUUCUCCUUCUGCAGAGGGUCCCGAUUUCGUGUAUAACGAAAGAAGGAUUGCAGACUACUUGAUCGCGCACCCAGAUUGGCAAGAAACUUUUCCUGGAAGAAAGCCACGUGUGUUUCAGAGGGCUGCAGAUGGAGCCUGGAUCACAAUGAAGGAUUAUUGUUCACGUGCACUUAGAGAUUAACGUCCUUAAAACAAGGGUACUGAUCAUGUAGACCCUCCUCCCACUCAUGAAGAACUAAAUACUGGUUUUCAAAUAUCCAAUUCAUACUUGAAGACACAUUUAUCUUGUCUUCCUUAUAGCCAAAUAUGAAAUGGAAGAAGUUAUGACCAAGCUCCCUCACUUCUAAUGGUUAUCCUAUUUGCCAAAUGAUGAUCAUUGUCCUUUUAAUGCGUAGCAAGCUUGUUUACCUUUCACUGACUUUCCCCAACACACUCUGACUGCAUUCUUCAAUACUCGAACGAACAUCUUCUUACAUAAGUUCAAUUAAUUAUCUUUGUCUCUGAUUUAGACAGCGCAAUAGUCUUCAGUCUCAUCCCCCUUGAAUUUCCCUGAAUCACAGAAAGCUCACACCUGCUAGAAUUGAACUCUCAACCGAAAGAACUGACAUUACAUGGGAUUGAAUUCCAAUGCAAUUCUGAGAGGUUAAAUUUAGCUUGUUC